AGAAGAAGAGGAAGAAGAAGAGGAGGAGGAAGAGGAAGAAGAGGAGGAAGAAGAAGAGAUAGAUAUUAUAAAUCAAGAAAGUUUUGAUAACGAUGUUAAUAAUAAUGACACUGAAGAUUCAUCCGAUGACGAAGAUGAUGAAUGGGCAAAAAAAGGUAAACAUCAUAAUAAUGCUUUAAGACGUUAUAUGCAGAAAAAAGUAUAUAAAUAAAUUUCUUCAUAAAAAGAUAUUAUGACAGAUACCAAGUAUUUCCCGUCUGUAACGAAUGAAGCUUUACAAACAUAUCAAAAUAUCCAAGAAAAUAUUUAUAUUGGGUCUGCAACAGGUCGAUCUAUGGCAGAAGAAAGUAUGCCAUGUGAAUGUAAAUACGAUUCAGAAUUAGCUAAUCCCUCCGAAGCUUGUGGUGAUGACAAUACUUGUAUUAAUCGUAUGAUGUUUAUGGAAUGUAUGGUUCAAGAUUGUCCUUGUGGCCGUUUAUGUCAAAAUCGUCGUUUUCAGUUAUGUCAAUAUGCUCCAGUUGAUGUUAUCAAAACUUUAAAAAAAGGAUAUGGACUUCGAGCUUUAACUAAUUUGCCACAAAACACAUUUAUUAUGGAGUAUAUCGGCGAAGUUAUCCCACAAACAGAGUUUAUAAGACGCACUAGGGAGUAUGACACAGAAGGUUAUAAGCAUUAUUACUUUAUGACAUUAAAAAAUGAUGAGAUUAUUGAUGCUACGAAAAGAGGAUGCUUGGCAAGAUUUAUAAAUCAUUCUUGUAAUCCUAAUUGUAUUACACAAAAAUGGGUAAUUGGUAAAAAGAUGCGUAUUGGUAUUUUUACAAAUCGACAAAUUAGAGCUGGAGAAGAACUUACUUUUGAUUACAAGUUUGAGCGUUAUGGUGCAAAUGCUCAAAAAUGCUAUUGUGGUGAAUCUAAUUGUAAAGGCUAUAUAGGAGCAUCAGAUGAAAAGCAAUUAAUAGAUGAUGAAGCUUUAAAUAAUAAUGUUAAUAUCAAUAAUUACUCUUCCUCUUCUUCUGAUGAAGACGAUUAUAGUGAAGAUGAUCAAGACGAUGAUAUGGAUAUCAAACAACAUAUUUCACUCCAGCCUUUACAAGAUGCAAAUAAAGUACAAUCCUUUGUUAAACGUAUGCUAAAUUCUGUCGGUAAAUCCCGCUUAGUUAACAAAUUAUUAAUGCGUUUACAAUUGACAAAUGUGGACAAUUCGCAUGGAAGAGAGAUAUUUAAAAUAAUCCUUAGAUUGCAUGGUUUAAAAAUGUUAAAAUUCUGGUUAGGCGAAUGGAAAAAUGAUGAGAUGAUAGUAUUAAGGGUACUGCAAGUGUUAGAAAAGCUUCCUCUUGCUAAUAGGAAUGGACUUGAAGAUUGUAAAUUAUUUGAUGUCGUAGAGAAAUUUAUAGACCAUGAAAAUGAAGAAAUCAGUAGACUUUCUCGAGAUUUAUUAGACAGUUGGAAUCAAUUAAAGAGUGUUUAUCGGAUACCCAAAAGAGUGCAUGUACCUAUGAUAGAUACUGAUUUAACUGAACUGGAUACUCAUAUUAUAUAUGAAAAUAAAAGAGAAGAGGAUAUUGAUACUACUGAAAAUAUAGCAAACAAAUCAAAUAAUAUAACUUUGUAUAAAGGAAGGAAAAGAAAAAGGUCAAUAUACGAAUCUAGUCGAGAAUUUUUUGAUCCUGAUCACGAUUAUUUUGAAUAUUUUUCAAUGAAUGAAACGCAAGAAGAAAUACUAUGGAAAGUUCACUACCUUUCAUCCUUAUCACAUAUUCCUACUGCGCCUCGAGCCAUGUUAGAUUCAUCAUUAGAUAAUACUGUAUACCAUCCUUAUCAUUAUAAACAUCAAAAACACUAUUACAAAAAAUAUUCUCAGGGAAACUUUUCACAAUCAAACAAUACACCUGCUAUAAAUAAAAUUGAUAACAAUACCCUGCAACAGUCUUAUACAGACUAUUAUUAUUAUUAUUAUUCUAUGUACGAUUAUUAUACACCAGAAGAAUAUUAUUACUUAUUUCAACAGCAAUCCUCAUCUAAUUGGCAAACAGCCAUUGCUCAAGAUGGUACAACCUAUUAUUAUAAUGUAUUAACAAAUCAAACUCAAUGGGAAAUACCUGAAGAAUUGCAGCUUGCAACCAUACCCACAGCUCCUCCUCCUCCUCCUCCUCCGCCAUCACCACCACCACCACCGCCACUGUCACUGCCACUGCCACUGCCACUGCCACCACCGCCACUGCCACCAUCAUCAUCAUCAUCGUUUCCAUCAUUAUCACCACCGCCUGCCCCUACUCCAUCCUCAUCUUCAAGUAUUCAAAAAAUUGGAACCUCUAUUGAAGGUGUUGUUGUGGAUCCUGGUCAAUUAGAAGGUUUAGUAGAGCAGGCUAUAUUAGAAACAGAUGAAAAACGAAGGCUUCGUCAAAUGAGUAUAGAAGAGGAUAGCCCUAUGAGUAGCAGUAAAGGUAGUCAUCUAUUAACUCCUACAAGUGGCUCAGUAGAGGCUAGUAGUAUUCUUGAUGACACUCUUUACUUAAAUGAUAUUGAUUUAAAGAAAGAGGUGGGUAAAGUUGUGACAAAAUAUCUAAGUUCAAGGCAACAAAAACUAUGGAACGGAGAUAAACAUUUAUUUAAAGAUCUUGCUCGAAAGAUUACACAUCAUAUUGUAGAUAAAGAAUUACAAUCAGGUAGAAAAAUCAAGUCAAUAGAUAGUUCAUUGCGUGUAAAAAUUGAAAAAUUUAUUGAUGCUUAUGGAACUGAUUAUGUAACAAAAUUUAAACAAAGAAACACUAGUCUCUCUUCAAAUAGUUCCCCUUCUUCAACAUUUAGAUGAUUUUUUUUUCUUAUUAUUAUUAUGUGCUAUUAUUUAUUUUCUUUUCUUUAAAGAAGAAGAAGAAAAAAAAAAGGCUG